GUGCCGCCAAAUGUCCAAAAUUCCAAUUAAAAUGGACAUAUAUUUCGUCGAUAAUGGAAGGCUAGAUGAAAUCGAAACAUUUUAUGAAGCUUGUCAACGGCACAGGGACUAUUAUAGGGGCCACCAAAAGUCAUACCACCCUUUGCUAUACUUCAAAGAUCCAGAGUAUACAUACCAAUGCCCACCUGAAAUGACCCCGACAUAUCUCUCUUUCCCGAUGUUCCACGUGAAGUAUAAGCAGCCUAUAGUGUUGCCAGUUGCGGGCCGUACAAGCGGUUUACCUGCCUUACCAGAUCGCACUCUCGGGGGCCGCUACAAUAAAGCUGCUUGUAAAGCUUUCAUCAGAUAGACAUCAGCAUCAUAUCCGAAGUUAUGAAAUAAAUUGAAAUUAAAAAAUC